CCAUGCAGUAUUUUUGGCUUUUUCGCGGUAAUUGUUUAAUGCAAUUUCGCCGAUUUAAAUGGUACUUGAACGACAGGAAAAAGUAAGCCGAAGUUUGGAAGGACCAAUUCAUGACUGUUCACUGCGGUUUCACUCGUUGUUUUGAAAGCGCGCGACGUUUGUUGUCUUUAUUUCCGUGAAUUUGGGCACGUUCUUUUUAGUGACACUGUUGACCUUUCUGUCUCAACAAUUGUAUAAAAAUACAGCUACAUUCACCACCGGUCUAGCGUAAGUCUUGACGCUCACGCGGACUUCUUUCUCGUACGUGCUGCGAAACACUGGAACAGCGUAUCUGAAAAGUGUUUUCGCUGCAGGGAAGUUGUCUUUGUUAUAAGGCGAAGAAUUAAAGCUUUCAAACCAUUUGACGUCAUCUGCCCGAAAUUCACCCGAACAACAGCACUCGAAGAGUGGUCGCCGGGAGAAAAGACUCUAACCCGAUGACUGAAAUACGAGAACCGCGCAUCAGAGCAGAUGGAAUCACAAGCUAGCCGCUCUGAGGAAACUGUUCUCACCUCGGCAGCAGCGAAAAAAGUUCAAUUUGCGGACCUGGUUGGUCACCAGCUCGAAUUCGUGAAAAAUAUAACUCCUUGCAGCAGCGAAGACAACUUGUGUGCUUUAGUUGGCGCUUGGAAAAGUCACUGUGAUAUCAAUGGAAAUCUGCUUCCGAGAUGCGUGAAAUAUCUUUCCCCGUGCUUCAUUCAGCCUUCUAAAGCGGUAGAGAGUUUCACGAAGCGGGUUUACAGCCAGAAUGUCUGCCUUGAGAACAUCGUUUGCGAGAACUUUGCGGUCACUGGAGUUAUUCGUGUGACAAAUUUAUGUUAUAGUAAAGAGGUGACUGUGAGAUUCACACUAGAUAGCUGGAAGACAUAUCAGGACAUUUGGGCGGAUUACAUGUCCACUUGUUCAGAUGGCAAAACAGACAAGUUUAGUUUUCGCAUCACAUUGCCUCAUGACUUUAAAGCAAAUAGGUUCAUGGAGUUUGCAAUCUGCUAUCGUGUCUGGAACCAAGAGUUCUGGGACAAUAAUGACAGAAUUAAUUACCGUGUUCGGUGUUUAAAAGUCGUGUUGGGCUGAACAUGAGUUUCAGAACAGUUCGUUACUGUACCAAACAGAAAAACGAAAAUCAACACAGGUGUUAGCGCGAAUGUGUACAAGCCCUGUUGUUGAUUUGAGGGGUAGGAUUUUCCGCAGUUAACUCAAAACACGAGAAGAGAUAAUAUCACUGACUGACCCUUCUUUCUUGUACUGAUACCUUGUUACAUGUAAAAAGUGCUACCAAUAUCAAAAGAAUACAUAAGAGUGAUAUCGAUACAACUCAAUAUGAAAUCCAUGCUCGCUUGCAUGCCAGAGUUUGGUACGUUUGUAAAAUCAGAUGUUAGUUGUUUUACUGACAAAGGUCAGUCAACGCUUUACUUGAAAAAUAAAUCGGAUUGUUUCUCAAGAUUGAUCAGUGAUGGUUAUUUUCUGAAGUUCGUGAUCCCGGGGCAAGCUCACUGCUGCGAUAGGCUGUCGUGAACAGUGAGAAAAACAACGUGCAACAGAAAAUAAUCUAUUAAACCAUAAUGGAUGGCGAAGUCCGGUGGAACCGGACAAAAUAUCCCACUUGUAAUAAGAUAUUUAAUUGCGCUCUGAGUGCGGAAAUUAUUUUUGAUAUUUUAAAACAAAUUGCACAGUUACCUUCAAACGUGAUAAGUUCACAAUGUUAACACUUGUUCACUUGUUUAGACUGGAAUUAUUAAAGAGUAAAACUGGUUCAAA